AUGGCCGCGACGUCAUCGUUCCGAGCGUUUUUGAACCACCCGGCCGGGCCGAAAACCAUCUUCUUCUGGGCGCCAACCAUGAAGUGGGCGAUAACCAUCGCCAACGUGAAAGAUUUCCAAAGACCGCCGGAGUUACUUUCGGUGCCGCAACAAAGCGCGGUCGCCUUGACCGGGUUGAUCUGGAUGAAAUAUUCCUUGGAUAUUACGCCGAAAAACUAUAACUUGAUGGCGGUGAACGCGGCGAUGGCAGUGACGGGAUUGUAUCAGUUAUACAGACGGUACGAGUACGAUAGAGAGAUGAAAAAGAUAAUGGAACAGAGCGAGGGCGGCGGCGGAGGAGGAGGAGAACAGACAUAA